AAGUUUUUUCUUUUUUUUUUUAGAAAUGGGGAAUAGAUGAAGUGUGAUGUUCUGUUGUGUCGUUUAUUUUUUGUUUGAGUCGUUUGCCGUUCAAAUAAACAAACUUAGCGAGAAUACAAAACCGUGUCAAGGACUUCGCCAUGAAGGUUUGUGAGACGAAGGAAAGUUUCGUAAGGGAUGAAGCUGUUGUGCUUGCAAAUGGAUCUCUGGUCUGAGCCAUCCAAUCAGGAGGCGGCUCGCCGGACAGAGGGUCAAGCGAGGCCACGCCCCCCCCGACCCCGAGGUGGACUGUGGCACGCCCAUCUCACUGACCUCCAGAGCAAUCAGGCCCAUCAAAGAUUCGCCCAGCAAGUUCACUGCAGACACAUAGGCACGGACUUCUGACGACUUGCCUGCGCGAGAUGUAUGAAGCAUUUCUGUGGGCUGUGACAGUGGUCCCGCCUCCUGCGAUCUUCCGGCUAAUGAUUAGUUUGCUUUCAAUGUCGAUCAACUUGUAGCCGAAUACUACAGAUGACAGAAAUUCCAGUAUCAACAGUCUGCACGGGGCUGGACCAGCUGGACAGGGCCCCCCACGCAAUCCCGUAAAAACCCAGGCGGAGGAGUGUUUCUGCGAUGGCCCAGCACAGCCUCUAUCUGCUGCGGCACGGGGAGGGGGCGUGGAACAAGGAGAACCGCUUCUGCAGCUGGGUGGACCAGAAGCUGAGCGAGGCGGGCGUGGCCGAGGCCCAGGAGUGCGGGCGGCUCCUGGGGGGCCGGGGCUGCCGGUUCGACCGGGUCUUCACCUCCCUGCUCAGCCGCUCGGUCCAGACGGCGUGGCUGGUGACGGAGGCCAUGGGCCAGGAGUGGGUGCCCGUGUCCAAGUCCUGGCGCCUGAACGAGCGCCACUACGGCUCGCUGAUCGGGCUCAACCGCGCCGAGAUGGCGCAGCUCCACGGCGAGGCCCAGGUGAAGGUGUGGAGGCGGAGCUACGACGUCUCGCCGCCGCCCAUCGAGCCGGCGCACCCCUACUACGCGGAGAUCUACGACGACCGGCGGUACCUGACGUGCGACGUGCCCCGGGAGGAGCUGCCGCGCGCCGAGAGCCUGAAGCAGGUGCUGGACCGGCUGCUGCCCUACUGGCACGACGUCAUCGCGCCCGAAAUCAGGGGCGGGAGCACCGUGCUCGUCGCGGCGCACGGCAACAGCUGUAGGGCCCUGCUGAAGCACCUGGAAGGGAUCACGGACGCGGACAUCGCCGGGGUGACGCUGCCCACCGGCAUCCCGGUCCUGCUGGAGCUGGACGCGGACCUCCGGCCCGUGAAGAAGCACCAGCUCCUGGGAGACCCGGCCAAGAUCCAGGCCGCCAUCAAGAAGGUGGAGGACCAGGGGAAAGCCCUGCCCAACGGGAAAUAAGGGAGAAGGGAAGGGAGCCGCCCAGCUAACGCACAACGUUCUCGCAACGUUACUGGAAUGUUUUGUCGAUGUUAGAAUAUCGCCACUACAUGGUAGAAAUGUUGUGAGAAAGUUGCUAAUGCAGAACGUUCUUGAAACGUCACCGGAACGUUUUGUCAAUGUUACAAUGGCGCUACUUCAUGGUAGAAACGUUGUGAGAAAGUUGCUAUUGCGGAACGUUCUUGCAACGUUACCGGAGCGUUUUGUUGAUGUUAUAGUAUCGCCGCUACAUGGCUGCGACAUUGCGAGAACGUUCUGUGUUUGCUGGGCGGUAGUGCUGAGACGUAUACGAGCGGCCUGUCUGUUUCCAUUAUGGGUUCAGAAACCCCCAUAAUUCCCUGUGAAUUGGGGUCUUCAGCCAUGGUCCUUGGAGAGAGGGUCUGCUGGUUUUCUUUGCUUCCCUCCUCAUGGAAAUUGGAUGUACUGCAAUAUAUUUAAAUAAAAUGUGUUUCAAUGUGACAAAAUGUAUUUAAGCACUUCACAAUAUAUAGGAAUAUAUACAAAUUAUUGCUGCUUUCAGGUAAUUGCAAUAUAUUAUUUUUUAAUUACUCAGGAAUAUGUUCAGCCUUACAUCUUCCAGUGAACCUAUAUAUUUCCGAUAUAUUGCAGUAUAUGUCAUCUUUGUAUGGGUGAACACUUGGGUGCUCAAUUGAAGCAGUUGACUGCACUUUUAACGGCCUUCCCCUGGUUUCUUGGGUCUUAAUUUUUUGCUGUUUAUAAGGGGAAGGCUAAAUGCAGCAGACAGCUAUGUGCUGUUCUCGCUAGUGUUUUAAUCCGUCCCAUUUCAAACGAUCUUUCUCGCCUUUCUCAUUUAGUCCUCUUUGCUUUCUGUUCGUUUCUCAAGGAAACACCACGGUGACUGCAUUUCAACCUUGUGUAAGUUUAUCUGAAUGAUAUUUUCUGUGGCACGGUGUAAAGAUGGCGGCAUUAAACACACUGUAAGAAUCCAUAUUUACACAUUGUUUUGUGAGGAUAUGGUUCUUCUCUUCGCCGUCAUUUUAAACUUUUCUUGAGCCUGAAAAAUACGAACGGCAGGAGGAACAGGUUUAAAUGUGUCCCCGCACUGUUGAGAUUGUUGUUUAUUGUUGCUAUUGUUGUUCAUGCUAUAUGUAGAGUAGUAACAAGGUAAUGACAAAGGGAAAUUAUGCUUCUCUCUGUCCCUUAAGAGCAUUGUAUCAUAACGUUACAAUACUGAAAAUGUCUGCUCACGUGAAAUACUGCUGUGUUUGAAUGUUUACAACCCCCUGUUUACACACCAAAAUGUUGGUGUCAAGCGUAACCUGUCGAUUUUGAAGGUUUCGGACUCAGCUACUUCAUGAGUUUUUAAUAAGGGAACCUACAACCAGUGUUGGGCUGUAGAGUCCAAUAUGAUGCAUUUUGCUGAAAAAUCAGGGUGCAAAGCCACAGAAAUAAUAAAAGAUUAUUGAAUUGAAUAAAAUGAAAUUGAAUGAAAUCA